UCAGUGGUCCUUAUAAACCUAAACAACACUGGUUUACGUAUUCGUGUGGAAGAUAGUCUUGAAACCUUGUUUACAAGUCAACAUUGGUUGUAUAACUCAUGCGGGUUUAACGCAGUUAAUGGCAGGAUUAACACGUGAAGAAUACAUGUAAAACCUGUGGGUUUUAAACACGUUUAUAUCUAAUGUAAACGUUAAACCUAAACCCUCAGGGGCUGAGGCUGGCACAACUAAACCCACAGGGGUCGACACUGGCACAACUAAACCCUCAGGGGUCGACACUGGCACAACUAAACCCUCAGGGGUCGACACUGGCACAACUAAACCCUCAGGGGUCGACACUGGCGCAACUAAACCCUCAGGGGUCGACACUGGCACAACUAAACCCUCAGGGGUCGACACUGGCACAACUAAACCCUCAGGGGUCGACACUGGCACAACUAAACCCUCAGGGGUCGACACUGGCACAACUAAACCCUCAGGGGUCGAAUUCUAAGCUUUAUUAAAUAACUGAACCCUUACAGGUUUAGCACCUGGCUACGAUUAUAAUAAUUGAGUCGUGGUGAUCAACAUGGAUGACUGUAAUAAAACGUUACUUAUUAUUCUCACUUUACUAAUUACGUUUCAAAGGGCGACGUGUACGCAAGAGACGUGUCGUGAGGGACGACGCAACGACGAGAGGUAUUUGUUAUACGAUGUUAAUCCAGGGGAAGGAUUUAAUCUCCGCCGAGAUGUGUAUAUUCGUGUUGCAAACUUAAUUCGCAAGCUGAAUGAUGUUGAUAACUGGGUUUUGGUACUACCACCCUGGGGUAACCUGUAUCACUGGCAAAACGUGCGUCCUGGUCUCUACGUACCCUGGAAGAAUUUCUUCGAUGUCGAGAGCUUGAACAAGUGGAUACCAGUUACCGAAUUUAAUGAUUACUUGAAAACUGAAGGAGCAACCGUAGGGUCAACAUACGUGUUGCAGAAUUAUGCAGAAGGAUGGGGAGGCAAAUGGGAAGAAAAGUACGACAAAAGGCCAUGCAUUGAGAGGCACAACUUUGAACAGCGAGAUGACGGGUCUUGGUCGGGACAGAUGUGGGCCACCAAGGUGAAAACUGAUAAUUUCACCUGCCUCUCUAUUCAAGGACAAGCAGCAACCUUACUCCCUCUGAUACAACGAGAUUUGACAAGCAGGUCAGUGUUUAUUGGUCGAGCAGAAACCAUUUUACAUGAUGAAUAUGGAGGUAAGUGGUAUUGGGCAGCAAGACGCAGCAUGCGCUUUGCCAGGCAUCUGCGGGAAGAGGCUACAAGGUUCAGAAGAGAUUACUUGGGUUCGGACGACAAGCAAGAUAAAACUGAAGUGAAAGACGACUGGCGUGACACUAAGCCUAAACGAGGAGCAGCUGUUGGCGGACCAUACAUUGCCGUCCACCUUCGGAGGAAAGACUUCGUGCGUGCAAGAGGCGAUGAAGUGCCGAGCCUAAAGAAGGCUGCGCAGCAGAUUAAGAAAUUGUUGCAGAAUGAGAAUCUCACUUCUGUGUUUAUUGCCACUGAUGCUCCAGUGAUGGAAUUACAAGAGCUUGAGUCCCUUCUACCUGGGUAUAAAGUUGUGCACUACAAGCCCAGCACAGACUUCUUGCACAAGUGGGGUGACGGUGGCGUUGCGAUAGUAGAUCAAAUCAUCUGUACUCAUGCCAGGUUGUUCACCGGCUCGUAUGAAUCUACAUUCUCGUUUCGUAUCCAAGAAGAGCGUGAAAUUUUGGGUUUUGAGGAGAGAAGAACCUUCAAUAGACUGUGUGGGAAGAAGAGCAACUGCGAUCAACCAGCUAAAUGGAGAAUAAUAUAUUGAAACUUGUUUCCCACUGAGGCAGAGCGACUCAAAGAUGAAAUAAUUGCAUCAUCAUUCACUCCACUGUCUUGCCAGAGGCAUACCUAUAAUAGUUAUAAAAAAAUUGAAACAUAUCUCCACUCAUCCUUCACAGUGGAGGCAUUGUACUUCCCACUUCCAGGACUCUAGUCCAGCUAACUCUGCUUACACUCCAACAGCAUAUUAAGUCAUAAAAACCAUUGCCUCUAUUCAACUCAUACAGUGCAAUGAGAUUUUUAAAAUAAUGAGAAUAAUAUCCCAUUACACUGUACAGUUACUUCUUGACUUAUGAUGGGUUCCUCAGAAUGUAACCCUAUUAUAAGUUUAAAAUAUGAUUGUAAUCAUUAUUUAAGUCAAUAAUUAAUAUAACAGUAUUGAAAUGUAAAUGAAUAAAUGUUUAUGCCGUCAAUAAAUAUAUAUUAUUUUA